AUGGCGCCAUUUGCCAAUCGGAGGAUUGAGAUAUCUGUACCACCUAUCGGUGCUGUCUGUACAUCUGGACCGGGUGAAGGCGAAGCGAUUUUGUACUUGGUGGGACGAGUUUCCAACAUCGCAGCAAGAUAUGAUUUUGUGGCGUAUUCCAUGAUGGUCAUUUCGGCAAAUCGUCUGGCAUCUUUGACGAAAUCAUCAAAUAUACUUGAAGACGUGCUGCACUACCAGUCCCUAGCAGUCAAGGGGCUACAGCGUGCUUUGAGUUCAUUUUCCAAGGACAACUCCGACGCCGUACUUUCUGCCUCGAUCUUGUUGUUAUUCCAACAGAGGAACGGGCGACCAGGGUACCCUCAGCCCCGCCCUACUUACCAAGAAACCCAGGUCGCGGAACAAAUGCAACCCUGGCAGCAAAAUUCCUCAUUCUUUUCCUCUUUACACUACACGACGAGCCGUCAAUGGCCUUCAUAUUCAAACCUUGAACAGUCCCCAUCGCAACGACAACUUGACCCCGAUAACGCCAUCAAAGUGUCCUCUUUCCACAAAGCUCUCCGAUAUCUUUUCAACCAAGGAAUCAACUCCCUCGCGCAGAUCUCACUCUGCACCCGGCAUAACGCCGAAGCGUCCGCCACGGUCCGCGGUCUUCGAGACCUACUGUACAAAGUCAGAGGGCAACCACGGGGCUGGCGGGAGCAAGAUCAGUUCCGUGUAGUCUUCCCAUUCUCCAGUUUCAUGAAGUCAUUAUCUACGUCAUUUAUUUCCAUCAGCGACGAAGCACCGUUUCUGCUGGCGACGAUGGCGCAUAUUUACGCCGUUAAUGUGGCUUUGUCGCUUGCAUUUUCAGCUCUCAACACCCCUGUUUUGGUCCCAACCCAGUUGAAAGGGAUUGACGAAAUUGCCUCCAGGCUUCGGAAGAUGCAGCAAAUUCCCUGUCACGAUUGUGGUAUUACCCACGGCUACGAAGAACUGAUGACUUUCCCUGUAAAUGCACUGGGAAUCUAUCAACAAUGGGCGAUCACCAAGUAA